UGAGAGCCAGAAGCAAACAAUUCAGGCUCGCGAUGACAGCAUCAAGAAACUCCUUGAACUUCUCCAAUCCAAAGGGAUCAGCAAGGAGGAGGAGCGUCAAGCAUUGGCCCACAUGCAGCAGGUUUACCAGAAGCAGAUGGAUGAAAUGCGACAGGAAGUGCAGAAGCGAGACCAGGAAAUCCUGGCGCUGUCUGCCAAGUCCAAACUGCCAAGUCCAAGGCGUUGGAGGACCAGAACCACGACUUCCAGCACCACAUCGGGCUCCUCAAAGAGGGUCUCAUCCGGAAGGAAGAGCAUCAGGGAAUGGCCGAGGACCUUCGAGACAGGCUGGAAGAGAAGAACAAGGUGAUAGAGAAGAAAACGCAAAUCGCAUUACAGGCAACUCAAGAGAAGAACAGGAUCACUACUGAAUUGAACGAGAUGCGGGACCACAUUGAAAUCAAGGACCGCAAAAUCA